UGAAUUGACAGCCAAGUGAGGAUCGCCUCCUAUUUGACAAUCCCGGUCCAUAUCGCAAGGCAUACGUGCGCAUAGCAUCCUGAGACCCUCAAGUACCUUGGCUCAGUCGAAGUGGCUCAGCUAACAUACCUUCUAACUUGUCGUUCGACACAUUCGACCAACCGAACUCCCCGGCUUUCUAUUCACACCACGCCGAGCAACUGGAUUGCUGGAUUUGUUAUUUUGAUUUGUUAUUUUCUUAUUCUUUUCAAAUAAUAGCUAUCUUUCCUCGCCAUCUUGAAUUCCUUAUUUCCGUCUCUUAUACCAUUCUCCCACGCUUUUAGAUGUGUUCUUAGCCCCGGCCGGCCACGCACGACUUACGAAUCCGUUCCACUGUACUUUAUACAUCCCUCGCCUCCUUCGCCUUGGACGGCUGUACAUAUAACUAAACACUCCAGGCGCCUACCGGUAGAAGUUACCCUUCGAUGUUUAGGUUAUAGCAUCUGGUACUGUUAUUGUAAGCUUCGGAUUGGUGUGAUAAAAUUAUCUCGACGGCCUUCAAUCUUCACUAUGAAAUCGACAAUACUGCUUGCCCUUGUGGCAAGCGUCUCGGCCGUUCCGGCAAAUGCACGUAGGCUACAGAGUAGUACCAGCCAUCCAAAAGUUAUAAGCUUGACCACAGAACGGAAGACCAUAUCAGAUCCUGUAAGACGAGACCGUUUGCGGCGGAGAGACGGUACUUUUAGUGCGGAAUUAGACAACGAGGAGACACUAUACUUUGUGAAUGGCUCACUAGGAACGCCGGCGCAGUCACUUCGUAUGCACCUGGACACGGGUAGCAGUGAUCUUUGGGUGAAUACUGAUUCUUCACCCCUCUGUUCUCAGAGGUCGGAUCCUUGCUCUUUCGCGGGAACCUAUAACGCCAACUCUUCUUCCACUUACGAAUAUGUGGGAAGUUGGUUCAACAUUUCUUACGUUGAUGGCUCCGGGGCGAGUGGAGACUAUGUCACUGAUACUAUUCGAAUCGGUGAUUUGUCGCUAGAGAGUUUCCAGUUUGGAAUUGGGUAUCAAAGUACUUCCGAACAAGGUAUCCUUGGUAUUGGAUACCCCGUUAACGAGGUGCAAGUCGGCCGGGCUGGAAAGGAUGCGUAUGAUAAUCUUCCGAAGAAGAUGGUGACAGCCGGGCAAAUCGAAAGGAACGCUUACAGUCUAUGGCUGAACGAUUUGGAUGCGAAUAGAGGCAGCAUUCUGUUUGGGGGAGUCGAUACGGCGAAAUACACAGGAAGUCUCCAGACGCUUCCCACCCAGGCCAAUGGCGGCGUCUACUCGGAGUUCCUGAUUACUUUGACCUCUCUGUCAGUGGGGAACAGCACUAUCGCCGAUAACCAGGCCCUGGCUGUCUUGCUAGACUCCGGCUCCUCGCUUACCUAUCUACCCGAUAGCAUGGUCGAGGGGAUCUACGAUGCGGUUAACGCGCAGUACGAAUCGAGCGAAGGUGCGGCGUACGUAGCAUGCUCCUUAGAGAGCCAAACAGCGACGAUCGACUUCGUUUUUUCAGGAGUGAAGAUCUCGGUAGAAAUGAACGAACUGGUGCUAGAUUUGGUGACGACAACGGGACAACGCCCUACAUUCUCGAACGGCGUCGAGGCAUGUCUGUUUGGCAUCGCCCCAGCUGGCUCGGGAACGAACGUUUUGGGUGACACCUUCCUUCGAUCAGCUUAUGUCGUUUACGAUCUCGAGAAUAAUGAGAUCUCGAUCGCACAGACCAACUUCAACACAACAGAGUCAAAUGUCCAAGCAAUUCCUAGCGGCACCGGCAUUCCCGGCGCCACCGCAGUUACUAACGCUGUCUCAGCAACGGAGGGUGUCGUACGAGGUAGUGGUAACGGAGGCACCGGCUUGGGCGACAGUACGGAUGGCGCUGCAAUGACAAGUGCCUCCGUUUCAGCAGCGGUCCUAUUCCUGUCCUUCGGAGUGGCCACGCUAGCCACGAUACUAUAGUACAUGGAGAUAUUAUACCCAUAUUGUUCUGGUCCGGAUUAUUGGAUGGCAUAAGCAUUGUAGGGCGUUAGGGCGCAUAUAAGUUACUUCGAAUUCGACAUAGCCGAUUUGUUUUUUUGUUUUUUUUCCGCUGGCAUUGAAAUACCGGUAUAGAUGACCGGUCAACAUCGAGAUUGCAUAGUUGCGUGAUAUCCGUGGUAGCGCUUGUUCGCUUAGCAUGGUCAUAUUGGUGAUGGAUAUUUAGCACCGAGUACGUACGUGCGGGAUGUUAUAUAGAUCCAUGCUGCAAUUUAAAUUACACGUUUAUUACGUUAACA